CAAAAUACAUCCACAUUCUGAUAAUUCCAUAUGGUUUAGUUAGGCUAGUUUCAGUGCUAUUGUUUUCUUUCCAAUAAUUGAAAUGGCGUCUGUCAACGUCUUCAUGACCUUGGUUCUCGUCUCAUGGUUAACACCUUUAUGCUCAUCAGAAUCUUCUAAAAAUGGUGACAGCUAUGUUCGAGAUGCAUGUAGCGUGACUCAAUACCGCGAUCUUUGCAUCCACUCGCUCGCACCAUUUUCAAACAAGGCUAAAAGAAACCCAAGUAAAUGGGCAAGGGCUGGGGUUUCUGUGACAAUAAGUGAAGCCAAGACAGUGUUUGAGUACUUGCUGAAAUUGAACAGAAGUAAUUCUAUGAGGGGAAGAGAUCGAGCUGUUCUUUCGGACUGCAUCGAGUGUUUGGAGGACACACUGGACAACCUUCACAGAUCACUUGGUGUUCUAAGAAAGCUUAAUGACAUGACAUUUAACGACCAAAUGGGGGAUGUAAUCACGUGGAUGAGUGCGGCUCUUACAGAUGAAGACACGUGCUUGGAUGGGUUUGAUGACAAAGAGGAAAUUAACCAGGUGAAUUUAUUGCAAAAUCGAGUUACAAACAUGACUUGUAUCACUAGCAAUGCACUGGCUCUAGUCAACAAACUUGC